UCUCUAACCAUGUCCACUGACUCCGCCCAAGUCCAGCCCGACAACAAAACGCGCCGUUACGAUCGGCAGCUUCGUUUAUGGGCAGCAUCAGGGCAGACUGCGCUCGAGAACGCGCGACUUUUGGUGAUAUCUGGAUCAGCAACAUCGACCUCGAUCCUUAAAAAUCUUGUGCUGCCUGGUGUCGGUCACUUCACCAUUUUGGACUCAACACCAGUCACUGCAAGAGACGCGGGAAAUAACUUUUUCUUGGAGGGCACUUCCAGCAUUGGCAAGUCCCGAGCCCAAGAGGCAGUCAGACUGCUUCUGGAGCUCAAUGACGGCGUUGAGGGACAGGCAGACACAUCCAAUCUCGAGCACAUACUUGAUUCCAACCCAUCCUACUUUUCCGCGUUCACCCUUGUGAUCGCCCACAAUCUGGAGCCCAAACUACUCGAACGACUUUCAGCCCUUUUAUGGGCGGACGAUACUCUCCCGAUGCUCGUGGUCGUGACUUCAGCUGGCUUCCUUGGCGAAUUCUAUAUUCAGUUCCAUGAACAUCCCAUCAUCGAGAGUCACUCCGAAAACACCCCCUCGUUGCGCAUUGACAAGGCCUUCCCUGCUCUUCAAGAAUACGCCUCAUCUCUUGACUUUGCCAACAUGGACCCCACAGAACAUGGCCACAUUACAUACGUCGUCAUUCUCGUCCGUGCCUUGGCCGACUGGAAAGCCGCUCACGAUGGGAAGCCACCACAGACGUAUGAGGAGAAGAAACUUUUCAAGGAGGGAUUACAGUCAAUGAAGGUCAAGUUUGACGAGGAGAAUUUUGAUGAGGCAGAGGCUCAGGCAUAUCGUUGCUGGACAGAAACCAAAGUCCCUUCUGACAUCUCUGCUCUAUUCCAGGAUCCCCAAUUAGGGACCCUCAGUUCUACCUCUCCACCAUUCUUCCACCUACUUGACGCCCUCCGCAAGUUCUCUCUGGAGCCACCGCAUACCCUCCCGUUGACGAGCUCCCUACCCGAUAUGAAAGCGAACACGACCAACUAUAUCGAACUCCAAAAGCUGUACAAAGCACGUGCUGAAGAAGAGAAGGAGAAGUUCAAGUCCCUGCUCAGUCAUCCUGUGGACGACGCGUUGAUAGAUUCAUUCGUCAAGAAUGCACAUGGCCUCAAGGUCUUGCGAGGAAAGCAAUACGGAACGCUGGACAAAGAUCCCGCUGCCCUUGCUUCAGCUAUCUUAGCCUCGCCCAAAGCUGGAGCGACACAUCUUGCACUUUCCGCACUUGCGCGGGUUUCGUCAUCCUCGCCGACAGAGGAAGAGCUGACAGCUGCUGCCCAAGCCCUUCUACCGCCAGGAACUGAACUGCCUGAAGAGUUUGAAAACGCUGUUGGCGAGAUUGCCCGUUCACCAACUGCCGAUCUCCCCAAUACUGCGGCAUUCCUUGGUGGCCUGGUUGCGCAGGAAGUGAUCAAGAUGAUCACAAAGCAGUAUGUGCCGAUUGAGAGCUACUGCGUGAUAGACCUUGUAGAGACAUGGACUGGUAUCAUUUGA